CUUUCAACAAAUGGAAGACAAAAGGGAGCUGCGAUCCUUGCUUUUGGCAACCAAAACAGGAAAACAACUUUCGGAAUAUCACAUUAAAUUGCUGCAAAAGCAAAAUAUCAGCACAGCAGAAGAAUUUAUUGAUGCAGACAAUGUGCACGCGAUCUUGGCGCUCGCCAGCGACAAAACCGAGGAAAUUAUGCGGGAACUGUUGGAUUUAUGUGUGGGCAGAAUUAAGUUUAAGACACUCUACCAGUCGCAGCCCAUAAACUACUCAACUGGCAUAGAGGACUUAGACAAAUUGCUGGACUCCAUUGGACAACCCUUUCGUCCAGGCCGUGUUUGGGAGCUCAUCGGCGAUAAUGAUGUGGGCAAAACCGAAUUGUUACACACGCUAGCUGUUAAUUUCGUUUGCAAAUAUGGAGAGCAGCAGCAGGUGUUGUUUGUGGACACCAACUUGGACUUUGAUAGCGAACGCUUGGAGGAGAUUUUGUUGGAAAGGCAACAACUGAGCGCAGCAGCCAUAGACAGAUCUUUGGAUGCGAUUAAUGUUGUGCAAGCAACCACAGCUGAAUCUCUGAUUGCAGCACUGGCAGCUCUACUCGAGCAGCUAGCCAGUCCCAAUGCCAAAUUUGAGGCCAUCUCGCGCAUAAAAGUGGUCCUCAUUGAUUCCCUUACAGCCUGUUACAUCUUAUAUCGCAGCACUUAUGAACGCAACAAGGGCCGCAGAUUUCUAACAGAGCUGGCGAUGAUUAUUCGAAAGCUGGCUGUACAGCACGACAUAGCUUUUAUCAUAGGCCACACGACGUUCUCCCCGGACGAUGAGACCAACGGCAUGGGCGAGGAUGGGGAUGUAGACAACGAAGGGGGCUCGACUCAAAAAAGCGCAGAUGCGCAAGAGGACUGCACCAUCUUGGGUGACUAUUGGUGCUCGGUCUGCACGCUGACUUUGGUCCUGGAGCUGCCGGAGGAGUCCCACUGCGACGGCGACGGGCUGCGGCUGAUCAAGGUGCUUAAUAAUAACUUCGGCAUUGGCGACGGCAGCUGCUUGCUGCGCAUCACAGACGCCGGCGUCAUUUGAGCUUAGUUGGGCGGACGACGUGC